GCCCCGGCUUUCAGGAGUCCCAGCAGGGAGGCUGGCUCAGUCAGCAGCUGUGGGGGACAGGGACACAGCCUCCUGCAGCCUCCUAGCACUCCGUGUGGCCGGGGAGACACGCAGCAGGGACAGUGGAGCAUAGGGUACCUUCGCCGCGGUGAAAACUGAGCCGUCCACCGUGACAGCGCGGGAGGACAGGGACCAUGCUCCUUGUCUGCCCGCGCCUCUGCGUCUUGGUGGUCCUGGGCAGCAGCUGGGCAGGCUGGGGUGGCUCAGGGACAGAGGCAGCAAGGCUAAGGCAGUUCUACGUGGCUGCUCAGGGCAUCAACUGGAGCUACCGCCCUGAGCCCACAGAUCCAAGCUUGAAUUCUAAAACUUCUUUUAAGAAAAUUGUCUACAGAGAGUAUGAACCAUAUUUUCAGAAAGAAAAGCCACGAUCUAGUAUUUCAGGACUUCUUGGACCUACCUUAUACGCUGAGGUUGGAGACAUCAUGAAAGUUCACUUUAAAAAUAAAGCAGACAAGCCCUUAAGCAUCCAUCCACAAGGAAUUAAAUAUAGUAAAUUCUCAGAAGGUGCUUCCUAUCCUGACUACACAUUCCCGGUGGAGAGGAUGGAUGACGCUGUGGCUCCAGGCAGAGAGUAUACUUACGAGUGGGUCAUUAGCGAAGACAGUGGACCCACACCUGAUGACCCUCCAUGUCUCACCCACAUCUACUACUCCUAUGAAAACCUGACCCAGGACUUCAACUCGGGGCUGAUUGGACCUCUGCUUAUCUGUAAGAGAGGUACCCUAAGUGACGAUGGGACACAGAAGAUGUUUGACAGGCAACAUGUGCUAAUGUUUGCUGUAUUUGAUGAAAGCAAGAGCUGGAGCCAGUCCUCAUCCCUGAUGUACACAGUCAAUGGCUUUGUGAAUAGGACAAUGCCAGACAUCACAGUCUGUGCCCAUGACCACAUCAGCUGGCAUCUGAUUGGAAUGAGCUCAGGGCCAGAACUGUUCUCCAUUCACUUCAGUGGCCAAGUCCUGGAACAGAACCAUCACAAGGUUUCAGCCAUCACCCUGGUCAGUGCCACGUCCACUACUGCGAACAUGACUGUGAGCCCAGAGGGAAAGUGGAUCAUAGCUUCUCUCACCCCAAAACAUUUCCAAGCUGGGAUGCAGGUUUACAUUGACAUUAAAAAUUGCCCAAAGAAAACCAGGAAUACUAAAAUACUAACUCGAGAACAGAGGCGGCACAUAAAGAGGUGGGAGUAUUUCAUUGCUGCAGAGGAAGUCAUUUGGGACUACGCACCUGUAAUACCACUGAAUAUGGACAAAAAAUACAGGUCUAUGCACUUGGAUAACUUCUCAAACCAAAUUGGGAAGCAUUAUAAGAAAGUUAUUUACAGACAAUAUGAAGAGGAAACCUUCACCAAACGCACAGAGAAUCCCAGUAUCAAAGAAAAUGGGAUUCUGGGCCCUAUUAUCAGAGCCCAAGUCAGGGACACACUCAAGAUCGUAUUCAAAAAUAUGGCCAGCCGACCCUAUAGCAUUUACCCUCACGGAGUGACCUUCUCUCCUUACGAAGAUGGAGUUAACUCUUCUUCCACCUCAGGCAGUCACACCAUGAUUAGACCAGUUCAACCAGGGGAAACCUACACUUAUAAGUGGAAUAUCCUCGAAUUUGAUGAGCCCACAGAAAAUGACGCCCAGUGCUUAGCAAGACCAUACUACAGUGAUGUGGACAUUACCAGAGACCUUGCCUCUGGGUUGAUAGGACUGCUUCUGAUUUGUAAGAGCAGAUCCCUGGACCAGAGAGGCAUACAGAGGGCAGCAGACAUUGAGCAGCAGGCUGUGUUUGCAGUCUUUGAUGAGAACAAGAGCUGGUACAUUGAGGACAACAUCAACAAAUUUUGUGAAAAUCCUGAUGAGGUGAAACGUGACGACCCCAAGUUUUAUCAAUCAAACAUCAUGAGCACUAUCAAUGGCUACGUGCCUGAGAGUAUAGCCACUUUAGGAUUCUGUUUUGAUGACACUGUCCAGUGGCACUUCUGCACAGUGGGAACCCAUGAUGAUAUUUUGACCAUCCACUUCACUGGACACUCAUUCAUCUAUGGAAAGAGACAUGAGGACACUCUGACUCUGUUCCCCAUGCAUGGCGAGUCUGUGACUGUUACAAUGGAUAACAUUGGAACUUGGAUGUUAACUACCAUGAAUUCCAGCCCAAGAAGCAAAAACCUGAGACUGAGAUUCAGGGAUGUUAAAUGCAUCCCCAACGAUGAUGAUGAAGAUUCAUAUGAGAUUUAUGAACCUCUAGCAGCACCUACAGCCAUGACUACAUGGAAAAUGAGCGAGUCUUCAGAAAAUGAGCAAGAAGAAGAUGAUCCUGAUUAUGAUUACCAGUACACAUUGGCUUCAUCAUUAGGAAUUAGGUCAUUCAGAAAUGCAUCACUGAAUCAGGAGGAAGAUGAGUUCAAUCUUACUGCCCUCGCCCUGGAGAAUAGCUCUAGAGAAGAGUUUAUUUCUCCAAGUACAGAUAUUGUCAUUGGCUCAAAAUCUUCUUCUCUAAGAAACCUUAGUAAGCUCGUUGAUAGUAACCUCAAAGAACCUCAAAAAACCCUUCUUCACUCAGGAAGCACCACCACUAGUACCCUGCUAGAACACCUCACUGGCUUAGACAAGAACUCAUCUCUGAACCCUUCAAUAGAAGAACAUUCAAGUCCAUAUUCUGAAAAUCAUAUGGAGGAUCCACAGUCAGAUAUCAUAGGGAUAAGCCUGCUUCCUCCUGGUGCAAAAGGAUUGACAAAUCAUGAUCAAGUUAAGCAUGCACUAUCCGAGGCACAAGAACACCAAGUAGUGAAGCAUAGGUUCUCCUGGAUGAAAGGACCAGCCCGUAAAACUGGGAAGCAUUCAAGACCAAAGAGCACUUCCAGAAUGGGGCUCUCGGAGGACAGUCCCAGUGUCCUGUUACUCCUGAAACAAAAUAAUCCAUCCAAGAUUUUGAAUAGGGAAUGGCAUUUGGCUAAUGAAAAGGGGAGUUAUGAAAUAACACAAGAUAAUGGUAAAGACGUGGCUUUUAAGAAACUGCUAGACAGUCCUCAAAAUCAAAACAUCUCAAUGAUUCAGGGAGAUAGUAUCCCUGCUACAAACAAAACAGGAAAGCCAAUUGACCUCCCUAAUUAUUCUGCAGUUAGACACAAAGCUCUUCAAGUUAGACAGGAUGAGGAAAAUAAACACUUGAAGAAAAGACCAUUUUUCAUCAGGACACGAAAAAAGAAGAAGGAUAAGAAGCAUGCUCAUCACAGUCCUCUAUCUCCAAGGGGCUUUCACCCCCUGAGAAGAGAUGCCCACCCCAUGUUUUUAGACCGGAAAGUUAAUCACACACUGUUACUCCAUAAGCCCAAUGGAACAGCUCUCGCCACAGACCUGAAUCAGACUUUCCCUUCUAUGAAUAUUGACAAGGAAAUUUCAUUACUUGACCAUAAGCAGAGCCCUCCACAUAACACUGGGCAGAUGCGCUCCCCUAUAGGUCUUGAUCAGUCAGUGCUCCCAGAGGAACACUCUCCAAAACUUCCUGUUCAAGACUCUAAUCAAACACAGUCUACUAUAGGCUCCAGUCACAGAUCCUCUCCUCCAGAGCCCAGCCAGGUACCUGAUUAUGACCUACGCUAUGAAUACCACCUUGUUGACACGGCUCAAGCAUCCCCUCCUUGGGAACAUGAAGUCUGGGGAACUUCAUUUCCAGACCAAAGUCAACCAUCUCUCUCUUCAGACCACAGCCAGACAGCCUCCUCCCCAGACCUGGGUCAGAUGCCCCUUUCCCCAGACCACAGCCAGACAACUUCCUCCCCAGACCUGGGUCAGAUGCCCCUUUCCCCAGACCACAGCCAGACAACUUCCUCCCCAGACCUGGGUCAGAUGCCCCUUUCCCCAGACCAGAGCCAGACAACUUCCUCCCCAGACCUGGGUCAGAUGCCCCUUUCCCCAGACCAUAGUCAAACAACCUCCUCACCAGACUUGGGUCAGAUAUCCUUUUCCCCAGACCAUAGCCAGAUGACCCCCUCCCCAGACCUCAGCCUCUUGACCCUCUCUCCAGAAACUGAUCAGACAAUCCUUUCCCCAGACCUGGAUCAGAUGCUCCUUUUCCCAGAUGACAAUGAGAUGACCCUCUCCCCAGACCUCAGCCUCUUGGCCCUGUCUCCAGAAUUUGAUGAGAUAAUUCUUUCUCCAGACCUCAGCCAGGUGACUCUCUCUCCAGACCUCAUCCCAGAAACUCCUCUUCUUAAUCACGGGCAAAUGUCACCCCCUCCAGAGCCUGGUCAGAUACCCUAUCCUUCAGACUCUGUUCAAUCUUCACCUCUUCCAGAAUUAAGUCGUAUUUCCCCCUCUCCAGACCUCAUUCACAUGCCAUCUCCUUCACCAUCUCCUACACAUAAUGAAAAGAAAUUAAAUCCUCUUGUUAUAGUAGGCCUCAGUAGAGUUGAUGGAGACGACAUUGAGAUUAUUCCAAGGGAGGAAGUGGAAAGCACUGAAGAUGACUACGCUGAAGAUGAUUACGUGGCCUAUAAUGACCCCUACCAAACUGAUACGAGGACAGACAUCAGCUCCUCCAGAAAUCCUGACAACAUUGCAGCAUGGUACCUCCGAAGCCACGAUGGAAACAGGAAAUAUUAUUAUAUUGCUGCUGAAGAAAUAUCCUGGGAUUAUUCAAAAUUUGCACACAGUGAAAUGGAUAAUGAAGACAUUGAUAAUGAAGACACUCCAAAGGACACCACAUACAAGAAAGUCGUUUUCAGAAAGUACCUUGAUAAUACUUUUACCAAACGUGAUCCUCAGGGAGAGCAUGAGGAGCAUCUUGGCAUUCUUGGCCCUGUUAUUAGAGCUGAAGUGGAUGAUGUUAUCCAAGUUCGCUUUAAAAAUUUAGCAUCCAGACCAUAUUCUCUUCAUGCCCAUGGACUUUCUUAUGAAAAGUCAUCAGAAGGAAAGACUUAUGAAGAUGAAUCUCCUGAAUGGUUUAAGGAAGAUAAUGCUGUCCAGCCAAAUAGCAGUUAUACAUACGUGUGGCAUGCCACUGAGCGGUCAGGGCCAGAAAACCCUGGCUCUGCCUGCCGGGCUUGGGCCUACUACUCAGCAGUGAAUAUGGAGAAAGAUAUCCACUCGGGUUUGAUCGGCCCCCUUCUGAUCUGCCAGAAGGGGACACUUCAUAAGGAGAGCAACAUGCCUGUGGACAUGAGAGAAUUUGUCUUACUCUUUAUGGUCUUUGAUGAGAAGAAGAGCUGGUAUUAUGAAAAGUCCAAAAGGUCUUGGAGAUCCAAAUCUUCAGAAGGGCAAAAUUCCCAUGAGUUUUAUGCCAUUAAUGGGAUGAUCUACAACCUGCCUGGUCUGCGAAUGUACGAGCAAGAGUGGGUGAGACUCCACCUGCUGAACAUGGGUGACUCCCGAGAUAUUCACGUGGUUCACUUUCAUGGCCAGACCCUGCUGGAAAAUGGCUCCCAACAGCACCAGUUAGGGGUCUGGCCCCUCUUGCCUGGUUCAUUUAAAACUCUUGAAAUGAAAGCAUCAAAGCCUGGCUGGUGGCUCCUAGACACAGAGGUUGGAGAGAAUCAGAGAGCGGGGAUGCAAACGCCAUUUCUCAUCAUUGACAAAGACUGUAAGAUGCCAAUGGGCCUAAGCACGGGCGUCAUAUCUGAUUCACAGAUCAAGGCCUCAGAGUAUCUGAAUUAUUGGGAGCCCAAAUUAGCAAGAUUAAACAAUGGUGGCUCCUAUAAUGCUUGGAGUAUAGAAAAACCUGCAUUAGAACUUGCCUCCAAACCUUGGAUUCAGGUGGAUAUGCAGAAGGAAGUCAUAGUCACUGGGAUACAAACCCAAGGUGCUAAACACUACCUGAAGUCCUACUUUACCACACAGUUCUAUGUGGCCUACAGCUCUGACCAAACCAACUGGCAGAUCUUCAAAGGGAACAGCACAAAGAAUGUGAUGUAUUUUGAAGGCAAUUCAGAUGCCUCUACAAUAAAGGAGAAUCUGUUUGACCCACCUAUUGUGGCUAGAUAUAUCAGGAUCUCUCCAACGAACUCCUAUAACAGACCUACCCUUCGAAUGGAGCUGCAAGGAUGUGAGGUUAAUGGAUGCUCCACACCAUUGGGUAUGGAAAAUGGAAAUAUAGAAAACAAGCAAAUCACAGCAUCCUCAUUUAAAAAAUCUUGGUGGGGAGAUUUCUGGGAACCUUCCCGUGCCCGUCUUAAUGCCCAGGGCCGUGUGAAUGCCUGGCAAGCCAAGGCAAACAACAACAAACAGUGGUUACAAGUUGAUCUACUCAGAACCAAGAAGAUAACUGCCAUAGUGACACAGGGCUGUACGUCUUUGUCCUCGGAAAUGUAUGUGAAGAGCUACACCAUCCACUACAGUGACCAGGGCGUGGAAUGGAAAGCUUAUAGGCAGAAAUCCUCCAUGGUGGACAAGAUUUUUGAAGGAAAUAGUAACACCAAAGGACAUAUGAAGAACUUUUUCAAUCCACCCAUCAUUUCCAGAUUUAUCCGUAUCAUUCCUAAAACAUGGAAUCAGAGUAUUGCACUUCGCCUGGAGCUCUUUGGCUGUGAUAUUUACUAAAAUUGAAUGCUUAAAAAAAAAAAAAAAGAA